CGUCUCCUUGGUCGAGAUGUUGAAGGAGGUUUUGCUUGUCAGACGUGUUUACCAGGCGUUACAAUGUAUCCACUGUUAUAAUUACCGUGUUAUCGAGGACGGAUGUGCGGUAUCUUAUGUGUAGACUAUCGUUACAUGCGGAGACAAACCGGAGCUAUUUCAGCGUUUUCUACUUGUUUGCGAGCGAGUAGUUACAUGGGCUUCACUCACGCCUCGCGCGACAGCUAAAGAAAAAAAAUACAUCAUUUUAAACAUCGCUGCUGGCUGAAAACGUGUUUCUUCUGAACGACUUGAAUCAACGUCCAUCGUUGCUACUGGUCAAGAGUUUGGCCGUUUUUCUCGCGUCUGCUGCGGGUGUCUGCUGUCCCACUUUGCAGCUCAGGAGACGCACCUCUGUGUUUGAGUUAAUGGAGCAAGGUUAAGGUCUGACCAACCAGUACCACCACCGGUACCACUCCACCAACCCACUGACCAGGUUCAAAGCUUGGACUCGGUUGUGAAUGGACACUUCACUAUUUUGCUGUUUUGUUGUUAUUGGGAAUCCCCCACCCUCCUUGCUACACAACUGGGAAUAAAGAAAGAAAGAAAGCAGGCGACAUGGUGGUCAACACCAUCCACUGGUUCCGGAAGGGACUCCGGCUGCACGACAACCCGUCUCUAAGGGACUCUAUCCGGGAUGCGGACUCCCUGCGCUGCGUUUACAUCCUGGACCCCUGGUUUGCAGGGUCCUCCAAUGUGGGCAUCAACAGGUGGAGGUUUUUGUUGCAGUGUUUGGAGGACUUGGAUGCCAGCCUGCGCAAACUCAACUCCCGCUUGUUUGUCAUCAGAGGCCAGCCUACAGAUGUCUUCCCUCGGAUUUUUAAGGAAUGGCAGAUUAACCGUCUAUCUUACGAGUAUGACUCUGAGCCGUUUGGCAAGGAGCGUGAUGCUGCCAUCCAAAAACUAGCCAGCGAGGCUGGGGUGGAGGUCAUGGUGCGGACUGCUCACACCCUCUACAAUCUGGACAAGAUCAUAGAACUCAACGAUGGUCAGUGUCCUCUCACGUACAAGCGCUUCCAGGCCCUCAUCAACCGUAUGGAUGCUGUGGAGCUGCCUGCAGAGACGAUCACAUCCGAGGUCAUCAGAAAAUGUGCCACACCCAUCAGCGAAGACCACGAUGACAAGUUUGCGGUGCCCUCCCUGGAAGAGCUUGGUUUUGAGACCGAGGGCCUGACCACAGCAGUUUGGCCAGGUGGAGAAACAGAAGCCCUCAUGAGGCUAGAGCGGCAUCUGGAGAGAAAGGCAUGGGUGGCAAACUUUGAGCGUCCACGGAUGAACGCCAACUCCCUGCUGGCCAGUCCCACAGGCCUCAGCCCCUACCUGCGCUUUGGAUGUCUCUCCUGUCGGCUCUUCCACUUCAAACUUACUGAUCUUUACAGGAAGGUCAAGAAGAACAGCACUCCACCACUUUCCUUGUACGGCCAGCUGUUGUGGAGGGAGUUCUUCUAUACGACUGCCACCAACAACCCCUGCUUUGACAAGAUGCAGGGAAACCCUGUUUGUGUGCAGAUCCCCUGGGACCGAAACCCAGAGGCGCUGGCUAAGUGGGCAGAGGGAGGGACAGGCUUUCCCUGGAUAGACGCCAUUAUGACCCAGCUGAGGCAGGAGGGGUGGAUCCAUCAUUUGGCGAGGCAUGCUGUGGCCUGCUUCCUCACCAGGGGAGACCUCUGGGUCAGCUGGGAGGAAGGCAUGAAGGUGUUUGAAGAGCUGUUCAUAGACGCGGACUGGAGUGUAAAUGCUGGCAGCUGGAUGUGGCUUUCGUGCAGUUCAUUUUUCCAGCAGUUUUUCCACUGCUACUGCCCUGUGGGAUUUGGACGACGCACGGACCCCAAUGGGGACUUCAUACGGCGUUAUUUGCCCAUAUUGAGAGGCUUUCCAGCCAAAUACAUCUAUGAUCCUUGGAAUGCCCCAGAGGAAGUGCAGAAGGCAGCCAAGUGUAUCAUAGGAGUCCACUACCCAAGGCCCAUGGUGAACCAUGCUGAGGCCAGCCACGUCAACAUAGAGCGCAUGAAGCAAAUCUACCAGAAGCUCUCCAGCUACAGAGGACUGGGUCUGCUGGCAACAGUACCUGCAAAUCCCAGCAAUGGUGCGAAUGGCAGUAGUGUCGGAGGAGUCCACUCAGGGACCAGUCAUGGUCCGGGAGGGUCCUCUGAAGGCCUCUCCACAUAUGCAGGAAUAUCUCGAACAGAAAGAGGUAAUUCCACGCAGAAGCGGUGCCGUGAAGAAGCUCCACCCAAAAUCAGCUCUAAAUCCUGGAGGCAGAGCAACUAGUGUGCAAAAAGCAGAAUAUAAAGGGUCGCUCAGUCAUCGGCAUAUCAUCUUCUCCUGAAGCACCCUCAGCUGACACACUGUAGUAACUUUAACUAACAACCAUGGAUAGAUCCAUAGAUCCAUAACAGGUCUUGGUCUCCGGAUUGGACACAUCGCACAUCUCAGGAACCAUGGAAGGAAUUCAGAGACAAUGCUAACAUUGAAGAGCGAGAACCCUGUAAAAGCGGAGUAGAAAAGGAUGAAAACAAUUGAUCUAUCAAGUCUUAAAACCAAUUGUCUUCCACUACAGUAUGUAACUGUACAACAGUUAAAACCACUAGUCAUGAUCACCAACACCCCACAUCAGUCAGGCAUUGGGGUGAAACUGUAAUUCAGCGGAUUAUUAAAUCAGCUGAAUGUUUAUCUAGGCUUCACUUCUCAUAUAUAGUGAGCUGGAUAUUUUUUUUUAAUACCUGACUGCUUCGGCCUCUACAUCUUGAUGUGAAAAUGACAAAAUAUGAAAUCUCAUUCCCAUCUGAGUGAUGGGGAAACAACAACACAAUCCGGAGAAUGUGGAAGAUUUCUUGUUUAUGGCUGACACCCUCAGCCACUGUUGACACUGAGACAUAUGACCGAGAUAACACACGGUUGUUGAAUAUUAGAAGGAAGGCUGUCAGGUUUGACGAUACAGCAGACCAUUUUACAUUUUGUAAAUAUUUGUUUUAAUUUCCAACUUUUUUUUAUAUUUGGUUCUGUGGUUUCUAAACUACUUUUGUAAAUAAUGUGUAACCAAAACUCAAAGAGUUCCACUGUGAAUGCAUGUGCUUUUGUCUCCCAGGUGAUUGUAAAUGUAUUAUUUUUGUAUAAAAAAUGACCAAAUUCUAACUGUAUUGAAAUGGCAAUAAAUGACCUAUCCUUUUGUUUUUUACUUGAA